AUGCCCGUUGCUGCUGUUGGCGGCGUUCCCGGUGGACAUGGUCAACAACCGACAUGCUUCCAAAAGAUACGUCUGGGUUUCAUGAUGGGAUGCAUGAUUGGAGGUGCAACCGGAGUGCUUAUAGGGGGCUUUUCCGCACUUCGAAUGGGGUUGCGGGGAAAAGAGCUACUUAUUCAGACCGGCAAGAUAGUGGCACAAUCAGGCGGGCCUUCGGUGUUGAUAUAUUAUCUCGGUUGCCUGAAGCUUCGAUAUUUUUAUUGUAUUACUCACAUUUAA